GACAGCCCAACGUUUACUGAAGGAGGAGAGUGUUGUCCUGUCUGUUUCCCAUUAGAUAAUGAAGCUGGUUGGUCUCCGUGGUCUGAGUGGACAGAAUGCUCUGUAACCUGUGGCCCUGGAACCCAACAGCGUGGAAGAUCAUGUGAUGCUACCAGUAGUACUUGUGUUGGCUCCUCUAUCCAAACUAGAACAUGCAACCCUGGGAAAUGUGACCACCGCAUACGUCAAGAUGGUGCUUGGAGUCAUUGGUCCCCAUGGUCAGCUUGUUCUGUAACAUGUGGAAUUGGCAACAUCACCCGUAUUCGUCUUUGUAAUUCCCCCAAGCCACAGUUAGGGGGAAACAACUGCACUGGA